GACCUUGAAAUGUCAAUGUCAAAGGAGUCGAAAACACGGAAAUAAAUUUUGAUUUCAUUACAUUCAUAACAAAUGGUAAAUUAAAAAAUAUCCUACAAUAUACAUUAAAUUCUUACUUACAAUUCAUGGAAACGCAACAAAUGGAGCUGCCUUAUGAGGUUUUAGUUUAUCUAUUCAAGUACCUACCAAAAUCUGAUAGGAAAGCUGCCAGUGAAACAUGCCGGUCAUGGUACUUGGCUGCAAAUGAUCAGAGCUUCUUGAAAAACAAAGUUGCCAUAUUUUAUAAAACUGUAUUAACUGAUGAAUUAUCCUCACCGCUGACCAUAUUCGAAGAAUCACCUAUUAUAUAUUACAACUAUUUAUUUAAUGAAGUGGAAAUAACAAGCAAACAAAAUGAAUUCUGGAAUAAAAUGGGGGAACAUAUCCAAUGCUUGACUCUCAGGAACUGUGAUAUUUGUGAAAAAGUAUUUGUCCAUAUUCUACAAAAGUGUACAAAUCUAGAAACGUUGAAUAUACAAAACUGUAAAGAGCUUUUUAUGUCAGGACGUCUAUUAGAAGGCAAGAGUGAAGGAUUCUUAACAGAAAAUCUUGAAAACUUGAAGUCCUUGAGUUUGUCUGGAAACCAGUACCUGACGGAUGCUUUAUUCAAUAGAUUUGUAUCAGCUGCUCCAGUUCUAGAGGAGUUGAACCUCUCAGCCUGCUCCUUGCAGUUUCAUCUUGGAUUAGUUAAAAAAUUCUACCCUCCUAGUGUUGAUAUCUUCCAAAACCCAUCUGAAAGUGUACUUACUUUUUAUUUCAUACUCCAGAUAAUUGUAAGUAGAGCUAAAAAUAUCAAACGCUUGCAUUUUUCUUGCACUCUAAUUGAUGGUGCUGCACUCAAAUCUCUGUCAGAAGUGAAAGAUUUGAAGCUUGAAUCUUUACAAGUACAUUCCUGUGAUCAACUCACUAAUACUGGCAUUUUGUCUCUGACUAACCAUCAGGUCUCUCUAAGAGAGCUUGAUAUAGGUUUGUGCACUCGUGUGACUGAUCAAUCUCUUGUACAUAUAUGUAAAAAUCUAGUCAAUUUAGAAUACCUCAAUAUUCAGAGAUGUCGAGCUGUCACAGAUUUGGGAAUAGCCGAACUCCAUAAAUUAAAGAAACUCAAGUCUUUAAAUAUAUCACAAUGUGAGCUGCUAUCUAAAGAUGGACUGGAAAAAGGCAUUUGUGUGGGAGAAAAUCCCAUUCUUGAAGAACUGGAUAUCAAUUCACUAAAUAUAGAUCAAACUGGAGUUAUAAUGAUUUCGGAGCGACUUCCCAAUUUGCGAAUAUUAAAUGUGAGCUACUGCUUCAAUGCUGUAACUGAUACAUCUAUACAAGUCAUUUUUAAGAAUCAAUUGUUUCUGCAUACAUUGAAAAUGAGUCACUGUGAUAAAGUUUCCGAUGCUGGGUUAACUGGCAUGGGAAAAGUUGAAACAGAAGGGGGAGAAGAUGGUCCAAUUAUGUCUAACAUUGAAGAAUCGCACAUGUCUCCUAAAAUUCAUUUGGGAUCCAGAGCUGAAGAAGAAAUAGUUCGAGAUGCUAGAAGGAAGAGAGAUGUCAUGCUAAUGUGUGAAAAAUUAACUAUGGAUUCUUACACAGGCUACUCCUUAGCUCGCAUGCAAAGCCUCAGGGAGCUGGAUAUAAGUGGCUGCAAUAGAAUAACUGAUGUAAGCUUGACAUAUGCUUUUAAUUUCAAGGAACUUAUUAAUCUAAACUUAAGUAGAUGUCAACAAAUCACUUAUGAUGGAAUUGAACAUUUGGUCAAAAAUUGUCCCAGCAUCGAAUAUUUUAAUCUGACAGAUUGCUAUAAUUUAAAAGAUGAUGCUGUGAAUGAAAUUGUCAAAGGUUUGCAUAGGCUGAAACAACUUGAACUAAGGGGUUGCAAUCAGCUGUCAGAUAAAACGUUGGAAGCAAUAAGCAAUCAUUGUUGUAAACUUCAAUUCCUGGAUGUACAAGGAUGCCGCAACAUGUCACCAGAUCUUGCGUGUUCCAUUGGGUCAUUACCAUCGUCAUUGCAUACUAUACUGAUGUCUAAGCCAGGCCCAUAUAUAGAAGAUGGAAAAAAGAACAGAGCUCCAGCCCCAGCUUUUCUGCCUGCAUUGAUGAGGAAACUACGUUUGCACUAGACUAGACUUCAAAUUCGACUGCAGUCCAGCAUUUAUAGGUAUUGAUGUCAAAGGCACCAAGCAGUAAAUACUGACACUUAAUCUGCAGAAUAGUUUAUUGUUGUAAUUUAGAGUCAAGACAAUCGAGCUAGCUGUUUUGUGUAAUUACAUAUAAAUGUAUCUAUAUCGCCUUUCAAGUUUGUGAGCAAACAAGUACCUCGAAGAUUAAUGACAUUAUUUUUGAUGUUGUAUAGAAAGUUAUAGAAUUGUGAUUGUGUUAGAAUAGUCUGCUCACUCUACGUCAUCAUCUAGUUCAAAUGUAAUUAAAGAGAAUCAGUUUUACUGUCGACUUUUCAAGGCCAAGGUGUCUGUAAAUGAGACUAGAGGCAAAAUGAAUGAAAUUACGAACGCGGAAAACUGGAGGUAGACUACCUUGAAAUUAUUCUCUUCACUUUUACCUGUAAACUAUUUAUAUUUACCUUAAUUAUUGGUUAUGUAAUGUUGUGUUAAAUUAUUUUAAAUAUUCUAAUAAUAACGAGUAGAAUGAAAAUGUAACUAUUGUUUAAAUUAAAUAAAUUCCUGGAACAGGAAUGAAUAGAUACUGUGAUAACAUCCUAUAUAUUUUUAUUUAAGUACAAAUUGGAUAAUGCCUUGCAAUAAAAAAAUAACCCUUAA